AUGUUUUCAAACAUUUUAUUGUGGCUUCGAACUCUCAAUUUGUUCGAAUCUUCUCUCACUGCAAAAAAUGAAUACGAAUUACGAAAUGAGAAAAUAUCAACUCGUAUCUUCAUGAUAAUGUUAAUUAUUUGCAUUCUUAUUAUCAUGAUUUAUACCGGUCAACGCAAUAUAUUGCAUACCAGAGAAGUAACAAAUCCCUCUUAUGAUCUCUUUCAAUCACUUUCGCUUCACUAUCCACAAACACUUCGGUGUCCAUGCAACAAUAUAGCUAUUCCUCAUAAAUAUUUUAUUCAUCUUCAUCCUCAAUUGCAUCAGAUAUGUUCAUCAGAUUUUAUCACCCAAAACUGGAUUGAUCAUAUUGGGUCAGCUAGAGGUAUGUAUAUUUCAGAAGAUUUUAAUUAUAUGGGCGCUCUUAUUUUUCGUACUCUUGCUUCAUUCUGUCAUCGAGCAAAUGAAACAAUUAUGAUAGCCUUAAAAACAUUUAAUGUCAUUCCUUUAAUUACAACUGAAGCAUUUGCCAAAAAUAUAUUUAUCGGACAGAUUAAUGACAUUAUUACAGGUUUUCAAUUAUCAACUGAACUUACAUAUUACCAAGCAAUGAAUUUCAUGGAAUUUUUUAUUCAAACAAGUUCACCAUUACCUAGUCUCUUUAGUAAUGUAAAUAUAAAGCUCCAUACUUGGCCUCCAUUUUUCGUGUAUUUACCUCGUGAAUAUGAAAACGGUACAUGUAGUUGCAACACACGUUCCUCGUGUAUUGAACCUUUGAUCUUAAAAAAUCGUCAAAUAAAUCAAAGCAACACAUCAUCUUAUUUUUAUAUACCAGGUCUAUUUACAGGUUGUUAUUUGACCGAAGCUGUUCGACAAUCUUCACUUAAAUGCUUUUAUGAGCCAUCAUGUAUUAGAACAAUUGAAGAAUUUCUUCAAGCUCCUGUCGUAUUCAACAAAUCAAUUUUAUCUCUCAAUUCAUCUAUUACGAGUCGAUUUAAUAUUUCGUCAACUAUUGAUCAACUUCUUUCGAAAGCGAUGACAGAAAAAUGGAAAGAAAAUAUUUCACAUAUUGAAUAUUUUUAUUAUUGUAAAGUUGUAUUUUGUACAUAUACAUUCAUAUCCAAAUUUAAUAUUAUUUAUAUGAUUACCAUAUUUAUUGGUCUUAUUGGUGGUUUAACAAAAGUCCUUCGAAUAGUUAUUCCUCGAUGUGUGAAAUUUAUUCGACAUCGAUUAGUACCACCACCUAUUGUGGAAAAUCAGCCUAACGUGGUUCAUCAUUCUUGGAAAGAACGACUUUACUUGAUCAAUUACUUUUCUAAACCAUCAUUGAGAUCGAAUCAAGAAAUUAAACAGGAAAUCAUAUCAACUUGGAUAUUCUUUCUGUUUUUGUUAAUAUCAGCUAUUGUACUGACAUCUUAUCAUAGUACUGUACGUGUCACUACAGUUCAUCAAAUUGAAUUUCCCACUAUUGAUGAAUUUAUUAAUCUCCUGGCUGAUCAAUAUUGGAAUCCUUCAUUUUCUUGUCCCUGCUCGACGAUUGCCAUACCUUAUGAAAAAUUCUUUCAUAUUAAUUAUACACUUCAUCCAGUGUGUUCAUCUUAUUUUGUUCAUCAACAAUGGAUCAAUCAUAAACCUCCUGAACAACUUUACAAUGAGCGUUUUGAUUUUCGUCUAGUUCAUGGUUCAUUCUUUAAUGCACUUCUCUCCUUUUGUCAAGCAUCUAUUAAUCAUAUUGAUCAAAGUCUUAAUUCAUUCAAUAAAACAUUAUUUAUUACUGAGAAAGUACUUACUUCAGAAACAUUUGAGGCUGAAGUAAAUUCAAAUUUCAUGAUAUUCAAAAAAUCAAUAAUCCGAUCUUUUGCACGUGAUAUUGCACUCAUUUCUGAUAUGACACGGAUGAACGGACUCAUGAGUACACAAGAGACAAACUUUGGUUUCAUGUUCAACUUUACGAACAGAACAUCAUCUCUGGCAUCCUACUACUAUGUUGCACAUAUUAUUGAAGUAGAGCCACUUGCAUUUUGUCGUUGCUAUCCUACUGUGAAAUGUUAUAUUCCAUUGGUAAUAUACGAUUCGAGUAUUGAUUUAUAUCCAGAUGAUGUUAUUCCAGGUCUAUAUUUAGGAUGUUUAACAGUUGAAGGUAUUCGUUAUUCUACUCUAGCUUGUCUUUUUAAUCAAUCGUGUGUAAAUAAAAUGUCUUUUUGGUUACAAACAUCUCAUGUAAAAGCCAUUGAUAUUGAUAAACUUAUUAAUUUUUAUCCUAAUUCAACCGUUAAUGAAAUUGAAAAUGAAUUAUUUGUUGAUGAAUGGAAUUAUUCAAUUUCUUAUCGUACUUUUUAUGAAAUUUGUCAUCCUGAUCGUUGUACAUACACAUUAAAUCAACGAAAUUCUUUUUGGAUUAUCUUAACUACAGUUAUUAGUCUUAUCGGUGGUCUUAUGAAAAUUUUUCAAAUUGUUGCACUUUAUUCUGUUCGAGGUAUAUUUUUCUUGUAUACACGUUGUCGUUGUGGUCAUCAACAAAGAGAAAUAACUCCAGUAAGAACUCCAUUCAUCGUUUCUAUUCGAUCGAUUCUUCAACGAUUAUAUCAAUUAAAUUUAUUUCAUAAAGAUCAUAGAAAUUCUAAUAAUAAUGAAUUUGAAAUUCGAAAUGAAAUUAUUUCAACACGUUUAUAUUUAAUUUUACUUUUUCUUUCACUUAUUAUUCUGACUAUUUAUUCUUCUCAAGUUGAAUUGACAAAAACUGUUAUAAUAACUAAUCCAUCAAUUGAACAAUAUAUUUCACUUUAUGAUAAUUUUCAUCAAACAUUAAUUUGUCCAUGUACAAAUAUUAGUAUUUAUCAAGAAACAUUUCUUAUUAUUCAACCAAAUUUUCAUCAAAUUUGUUCAAGUGAUUUUGUUGAUUCUCGUUGGAUAACUGGAAUUUCAAAGGUAGCAGAAAUAGAUUCAUUUAGUAACCGGGAUUUUCGAACGUUUGGUGACGCAAUUUUUGCUACUAUUGCAUCACUUUGUCAAUUAUCAUUUACACUAAUUAAUGGUAAACAUUUAGAUUUUAAUAGAUCAUCUUUUAUUACUAAUCAAAUUAUUCCAAAAAAUCAAUUGUCAAAAGAAGGACAAUUACUUAUUGAUCUUUUUAUUACAACAAUUGAAAAUACAUUCAUUAAUUCAAUGCAAAAUAUACGUGAUACAAUAGAUACAAAUACUUUUAUUUCAUUUUAUGGCUCAUCAACACGGAUUCAAGCUACGAUAAUUAAUCGGACAAGUAUGAAAAUAUCAAUUCAACCAAGAGUUUAUAAUAUGUCGACAUUAUCAUGUUCAUGUUACAUAGAUCCAACAUGUACUGUACCAGCUGCUCUUUAUGAUCCUAUUAAUUAUACACUUAUUUACUAUCUAAUUCCUGGCUUUGUUGUUGGUUGUUCUAUGAUUGAAGCAACUUUACAAUCAAAUCUAAUUUCACUUUAUAAUCAAACAUGGAUUGAUGAAUUUCGGGAAAAAAUUGAAUUUGAUAAUAAAAAUCCUAUUCCUUUCUAUACAAGAGCCUUGAAUGCGUCUCGUAAUAGUCAAUACAAUAUUACUACAUCGAUUAAUGACAUGAUGAUAAAAAUGAUGACUGAAUCUUGGUAUACUCAUGUUAAUUAUUCAACAUAUUUUGAACAAUGUCAUCCCAUUGAAUGUAAAUAUACGUAUGUUAUUAAAUAUGAUUUUGUUUAUAUUAUAUCUACAAUUAUUGGGUUAAUUGGUGGUCUUGAUAUUAUCUUUCGAUUUGGAAUUCCACGCACAAUUAAAUUAAUUCGACGAUGUUGGUUCAAACGAUCUUGUCAACGACAAAUUGUAAUUAUUUCUGAUACAACAGAUAAUAUUUGA